UCCCAAGAUCGGAAAUAAUGAGCUCUGAGCUCGUUCCGUAGGGUAACGUCUGGCUGUCUCGUCAGAGACUGCAACAGAUCAAACAGUGAAACACACACACACAGAUACGAGGAUUGCACCACACCGCAGCACCAAGGAUUUCACCACAGUACAGGGAGUGGCAGGGAUACUUGUUCCUUCACCAGUUUAACACGUAAAAACACUCACAGCUUCACGUAUGGCUGUCCUGGUGGCUGAGUGGAAUGCAGAUGUGUCCCAUUCAACAGUGUUCGCAACCCAAAUGUUAAGUGCAUUGCCAGUCAAGAAUCCAAGAUGGGCAAGUCAAAGACCAUUGUGCCUCGAAACUCAACAGACCGCACGCUGUUUGCCUUCAUGGUGGUUGGAAUCCCUUUUGGAGUGGUUUGGCUUGGGGGAGUAAUCAUGCCACAUUACCACCAUACUGUUGACUCCACUGUGGUGAUUCAUAUUGUUAGUGCCAUCUUCAUCCUCUACAACAUUAUCCAUAACAUGCUACUGGUGAUCAAGGUAGAUGCCAGUGGGCGCACAUCAUAUCUCCCCUCAGUCCUCAAACCAGGUUGGAGGUACUGUGCUAUAUGUCAGGUGAACUAUCCCCCAAGAUCCUACCAUUGCCAUGCUUGUGAUGAAUGUAUCCUUAAAAGAGAUCAUCACUGCAAGUUUACAGGAUGCUGCAUAGGUUAUCACAACCAUCGAUACUUCUUGGUUGGAGUCUUUUACAUUUUCCUUGGUGCACUUUAUGGCACAUGCUACCAGUGGGACUAUGUGUACAGCACUAUAGACCUGCCAUUGGUGUAUUUCUUCCUGACCCUCAUAGCUCCUCAUUUUGCCUUACUCUUUGGUGCCAUAAAUCUGUGGGGUGUCUUGGUAGCUGUUCUCCACACAUUGGCCCUCUGCACUCUCCUCAUGACGUCUUACCUCUUGGUCAUGCAGAUGAGAGCCAUCUGUCGCGGUCAAACCCAGUAUGAGAUGAAAUGUAACAUAAAUGAUUAUAAUUUAAGCCUCAAGCAGAAUGUAAUUGAUGUUUUAGGUAAGAGGUGGAAAAUAGCCUGGAUGUCUCCUUUUAUUAAUUCCCCUCUUAGAGGUGAUGGUACUGUCUUUAGGAAGGCUAAUAACUAUGAACCUCCUAAAGAUAUUUAACCAUAAAGGAAAGUCUUGCUGUACUGCAAUGAACACUAGCCUGUUGUUCAAAUAUUAAAAGAUUCUCAUGGGAUGGUGAUUUAGAGUAUGAAAUUAUGUGACAAAUAUAUAUUUAGAUUAAUUAGUAGUGGCAUUGAGGUAUUAGUUGUUGAUUUAUGAAUAAUGAGUUGUGUUAAGAUUAUUUGUCAAUGCUGUGAGAAUACUGUGAAAAGUAAAUAUGCUCAAACUAUAAGAAUAGUGAUUGUGUGUGUGGUUUCUGAUGAAGUUGUUAUUGUUAAUGUCUAGAAAAGUAAGAAAUUUGUUUAUAAUUUAGAGGUGGCUAAGACAAGACUUCACAGUUUGUCUCAUUAUGGGAAUAACAAAGAUAUAGGAUUCCCAGUGUUCUCAGUAUGUCUCGUCAGUAGGUUUUACAAUGUGCAGGGAAUCUAGUGACAGUAUUCUUCCAAACUAGCAGAGGAGGGUGGAGUGUUUUGAGGGUCAGCAAAAACAUUAAUCUUGACACGCUUCCUUUGCAUCAGCCAGUUUUUCUAAAUCAGGUAUUAUCUCAGGACUAGGAAAAUGUUUCAAUGUCAGGUUUUCCUUCAGGGUUUUACAGUGCUUGCUUAUCUUAUACAAUUUUUUUUAUUACCAAAAAUUUUAAUAUUGUGUGAAGGGUCAAUCUUCAAGAAUUAUUACUUUCCUAUCUUCUUUUGAUUAUGAUUGGUAAACUGAACAUUUGCUUUUUAAGUACAUAUCUUUGACUAAUGAUUCACUGUUUGAGUUCGAGUUACAAAAUUUAUUAUUUUAAUAGCGUUAACGUAUAGAUAACAAUGGUACUCAAUACUAGUAAAAGCGACAUUUUCUGUGAUAUAGCCUGGCUGCAUACUGAUAUCAUGUUGAAGGAAUACUGCUACCAUGUUACCUUAACUUUGUACAGAUGAUCAGAAGGGACAGAAAAGGGACUAGGAACUCCUUUCUGCAUUCUGGUAAUGAAAAUGUAUCAGCUAUUUUCCUCCUAGGGGGAUCUCAGUCUAUAGAUAAAUAAGGAAUGAUUACCUUAGGAAAAUGUGUUCAGGAGUCUUACCUAAUAGUGCCAAUAUUUUACACUUAAGCAUGUUGAUUGUGUAAAUGGGAGUAGAAUUUUCUUCUGUGUUUUGUAUCACAUACAGUGUACUGUAUAAUAUAACUUGCAACUUCCAAGAACAUUAAUGGUUACCAUGACAGCAUGUAUAAGACUUGAAAUCAAACUACUUUUCCUGUUAGUAAUUAAGUUGUGGUAUCCUAGGAUAUAUGCAUGGCCUUCAUAUGUUAAGUACCUGUGAUAUUUAGCAGAUAGACAUCAGAGUGAGAUACACAUAUUAUGCUUCCAACAUCUGUCAUCAUAUAUAAAAAUGUAGGUUACUUAAUAUGAUAUUGUAUAUUGUACCAAAUGCUGUUGCUUUUGUAUUUUCUUUUAUCUUAUUUGUAAGUUCAGUAGCUGCCUUAUUUGAUGCAUGAAAGUGAGUGAAAGAGAUAUUCACUAGUAGCAAAUAUUUCACACAGUAGACAUGGAAAAGAUUGAUCACGAAUUAGUAAAGUUUUAGGAUGCUCAUGAAAGAAAAUAUUGUGGGUUUAAUGGGCAUAAACCUAUACAGAAUAUCAUCAUAUAGCUACUGAAUAUUUUCCUAAAACCCUAAAAUGACUAUGGUGACAUUUUCCCUCAGAAAUAGUUGUUAACCCUUUGCAAGCACAACACAUUAACAGUUACAGCCAUGCAAAAACAAUGAUUUUGUGAAGUACAAAAAAAGAAAAAUUAAAUACAAACUAUAGUACAUUAGUGCAACACAUUCUUUGAUAGGUGCUUAUGAAUGAAAUAAAAAAAAUAAUAGUAAUUAACAUGUCUAUGAUGCACACAACCUGCACCUCUAGAACAUUAUUUGUAAGAUUUACAUCAUUAGAAUUCUGUAAAAUGAACAUAGUUCUAUAUACUAUAUACCAUGGAGAUAUAUGAUUUGCAAGUAGAAAUUUACUAAUAAAACACAAUGAGUAUCA